UGCUCGCGAGGACGCUCUGACCAGGCAACUACACAUCCAGACAAGCUACAUCCAGACAAGCUACAUCCAGACAAGCAUGGACAUCCAACAGGAGACGCUUUCAUUAUCCCCACCUGAUAAGCCAAAGAUAAUUCACGGGGGUAACUACAUAGCCGAAGGACGUGACUCCAGCAAGUCUACGUGGCUGUUAUUCGCCCCGGGGACAAGAGACGAAGCUGGUUCCUUAGCCAAAUUCUUGAGCGUCUUCUCCAGACAUGGAGUCAACCUCAGUCACAUUGAAUCCCGGUCUUCCGCCAGAAGACCAGGUUAUGAAUUCAUGGUGGAGUGCGUCCACGGUUCUGGAGAUUUCGGUGCAGCUCUAGACGAACUGCAGAAGGAUACUGGCUAUUUGAACAUUAUUUCUAGAAAUUAUAGAGACAAUCGAGCUGCGGUACCAUGGUUCCCACGUCGUAUUCGUGAUCUCGACAGGUUCGCAAACCAGAUCCUAUCGUACGGCUCUGAGCUUGACUCAGAUCACCCAGGCUUCACCGACGCAGAAUAUCGGGCCAGGAGAAAAUACUUCGCAGACAUCGCUUACAACUACAAAUACGGUCAGCCCCUACCACGGGUUGAUUACACAAAAGAGGAGGUAGCCACCUGGGGCGUGGUCUUCAGGAAGCUCACAGAGUUGUACCCUACUUAUGCUUGUAAAGAACAUAAUCACGUGUUCCCGCUCUUAAUUGAGAACUGUGGAUACAGAGAGGACAAUAUUCCUCAACUGGAAGAUGUUUCUAAUUUCCUUAAAGAUAGUACAGGAUUCACACUCCGCCCCGUGGCCGGCCUGCUCUCAUCCCGCGACUUCCUCGCCGGGCUGGCCUUCCGCGUGUUCCACAGCACACAGUACAUCCGCCACCACUCGCGGCCGCUCUACACCCCGGAACCAGACGUCUGCCACGAGCUUCUCGGCCACGCGCCGCUGUUCGCUGACCCCGCGUUUGCGCAGUUCUCCCAAGAAAUCGGCCUCGCGUCUUUGGGAGCGCCUGAUGAUUAUAUCGAGAAACUUGCCACGUGUUUCUGGUUCACGGUGGAGUUCGGUCUGUGUCGACAAGACGGCCAGUUGAAAGCCUAUGGUGCUGGACUACUUUCCUCGUUUGGAGAACUCCAGUAUUGUCUCUCUGAUAAACCGGUGCUGAAGGAGUUUGAGCCGGAAAUAACUGGUGACCAGAAGUACCCUAUUACUGAAUACCAACCCAUCUACUUCGUGGCGAACAGCUUCGAGAGUGCCAAGGAAAAAAUGAUCAAAUUUGCUCAAACGAUACCGCGUGACUUCAGCGUGCGCUAUAACCCCUACACGCAGAGCAUUGACAUUCUGGACUCGCAGAAGCAGAUGAGGGAUCUCCUCCGACAAGUGCACCAGGAAAUGAACUUACUCCUCAAUACUAUGGAAAAGCUAUAGAUAUCUAUAACCAUAGUACAUUUUGUUUGUCAGUUAUAGUUGACAGGUGCUAUGAUUUUCACCAACACAUUUGUAUAAGAGAACUAGGAUUUCAUAAUGCACUUUGUAUAACGAAGAACUGUAUCAGAAUCACUAAUAAUAGUAUUAAGAACAAAAAAGUGUAAAAAAAGAAAAUUUUUAUGAGCAUUUAUAAUAGAAUGUUAUAAAAUAUUAGGAUAAGUAUUGUUGUAUAGCGUUUAGACUAGAGUGAGUUUUAUUUACCAAAAUAACUAGAUUGUUUUUCAAAUAUAUUUGCAUUGAGAUAAGAUUUUGAAUCUUGUGAUUAUUACAAUUCUGGUACGACGUUGUGAACACACAAGUUGCACAAUAUCAUAUGUAACAUCAGCGUAUCCUAAAAUAUCUAAUUUUAUCUGUGAUCUAAGCCAUUGUUAUUACAUUAAUUAUAUUCUAGGCAACAUGUAUAUAACAUGA